AUGUCUUUGAAUGGUGAUCUUAUCUCUGAGAUUUUAGGGCGUGUGGAUAGCAUAACACUUGCAAAUGCAGGGUGUGUUUCUUCAGAGUUUCGGGCCAUUGCAAGGCAGGAGAACAUGUGGGAAGACGCAUGUUCGAGUCUCUGGCCCUCCACAGUGGACACAGAUGUUAAGCGACUCAUCUCUUCUUCAUUGGGUGGCUUCAGAAAUUUCUAUGCAAAUUGCUUUCCAUCCAUUGCCUAUGAAAGUAGUGAGAAAGAUUUCAAUUGCAGUGAGAUGAAAAGGAUUGGUGAUGACAGCCUAGAGCUUCAUACUGUUCCCUCUGACUUUGUUUCCCUUGUGGAUGUGUGGUACAUGGACAAGGUAGUCCAUUCCAAAGUCUUGUGGGGUAUUCCUAAUGCAAACGAUUUUGAGGAUUGGUUUUGCAAUUGCCCUUUUAGAAUUGAUCUCAUAGAUUUUUGGGAUUUUGAGAAUGAGGAUCCCACUAAUGAAGAUGGGUUUCCUACAGUUGUGUCUGUUGACAAGGAGAUAAGGGAAGAUAAAUUUUGGGUACAAGUGAUGGACAAUUUUAAGCUUAGUUGGAUUGUGAUAAACAAAAGAACAGGGGAAGCUGCUAAUCUUUCAAGCUGGAGACCUCUGCUUGGGCAAAGGCAUUCUGAUACAGAUUUUUUAAUGCGGUUUGGCUCCAUAUUACCUGCUCAAAACAUAUUGCCUUACAAGGAUGUGCAGUGUAUUCUUGCCAUAAAGAUUAGACUGUCAGAGAAUGAUCAUGGGAGUAUGAAGAUUACUGAACUUGGCAUGCAGUUGGAGGACAUGAUGGGAGCUCGUGUUAAUGGGAGGAACAGUUUGCUUAUACUAGAAAGAGCUCUUGGUUGCGGGAAAAGUAAGGACCAUCAUCAGAUUUUCCAAUCAUAUCAGAGAUACUUGACCCAACAGAGCAAACUGAGAGAAGCAAAGGUGAGGAAUGAAGGUCUUCUAGACACCCUCUAUACUUUAAGUGGCAUUGUUGCAUUUGCUUCACUUUGCUAUUUGAUGGUCGGAGAGACUGGUGUCAUCUGA